GCGCCGCGCCCGGCCCAGGUGGGAGCGGUGACCCCGGGAGGAUGAUGGCAGCGAUCUGGACCUGAUUCCACCCGCGCCGGCCCAGCGAUGGGGAGCUGACCUGCCUUCCUCGGCGGUGCUGCCACCUAUUCGGAUGCUCCAUUUGAAAGCCUGCUUUGCCUGGGAGGCUUCCCCUCGUUCACUGAUUCACCCCCCGCCUCCCCAUGUUUUCUGGAGACAGGGGGCUGAUCGCUGUGCGAAGAGCCCGCUCCGGCUGUCGGCUGGAUUGGCAGUUACAAGGCUGGAGGGUGCCUGGGCAGUGUAUUGUACCAAUGCAGCAACCCUGAUGAGCGACAGCGUUAGAAGGAACCCCAGGAUUGACUCCGCUGUUGGGGGGUGAAAAAACACCCCCCCAACUUUGGCAUCCAGGAAAAGCUUGUCCCCUCUAUCCCACACCAGCCAAGCUGCUUUCUUCCGCGACCACAGAAAGAAAUUUCCCGUCCUAUGUAGCUGAGGGUAAAAGCGUACCCUGGGGUCAGCGCCACAUCUGGCAGGGAUCUGGGGGUUUAAAUCCAGUGUCCGCCGCAAUCAACAAUGGCAAAUGAAGCGGUGAUUCUGAAUGUGUAUGAUAUGUACUGGAUAAAUGAAUACACCUCUACCUUGGGGAUUGGGGUCUUCCACUCCGGCAUCGAGAUCUACGGCAGAGAGUUUGCCUAUGGAGGGCAUCCUUAUCCUUUCAGUGGGAUUUUCGAGAUCACACCUGGCAGUGCGGUAGAGCUUGGCGAGACCUUUAAGUUCAAAGAGUCCGUUGCCUUGGGCACCACUGACUUCACAGAAGAGGAUGUGGAUAAGAUUAUGGAGGAGCUGGGCAAGGAGUACAAGGGCAAUGCAUACCAUCUUAUGCACAAGAACUGUAAUCACUUCUCCACUACUCUAGCAGAGAUCCUGUGUGGGAAGGAGAUCCCCCGUUGGGUGAAUCGCCUAGCCUACUUCAGCUCGUGCAUCCCUUUCCUCCAAAGCUGCCUCCCCAAGGAGUGGCUGACCCCAGCAGCCUUGCAGAGCCACAUCAACCUCGGCCUCCAAAAGGAAGAGCAGGGAGACAUGACAGAUGAAGAGUCCCCAUCCACUUCUGCGGCUGCCUCAGCCUCAGGCACCUCGCGAACCUGUAGGCAUACCCGGGUCUAAGUUGUGCCCAACAUUCUCCCUUUUCUCACACUCUGGGUUUCUUCUAUUUCUUUCUAAUUUCCUCUCUUACAGCACCUUUCUUUCUCCUUUUCUUCGCCCAAGAACAUUGGGGGAAACCCACUUUAAUGAGAAGACGAGUUCCUGAUCCUUCUUGAAGGGUUGUCACUACUGUUGCUUGGCAAAAUGAUGCUGAACUAUAGCAUUGUACUGAUGAGCGUGGUGGCUAACCUGGAUUCUCCUCCUAAGGCCCCCCGUGCUCCUUGAUCCACAGAGAACUGUUGACUUUCUGGGCACGAGAGCAUGGGACUGGAGGGGAACCAUACUGUGAAGUUCCUUGGCUGGAACUGUUUUUAUUCUUUUAUCUCCCCCCCUCUCUCCUCUCCAGUUCUGUCAAGGCUGCCCCCCACCUACAGCAUUCCUCCUGGACGUACCAAAUGAAGGAAGCAGAACCUCAGCUUGACUUUCUCAUCUCUAAGACCAGCAACAAGGUCCUACCGAUCUUCUUUUUUGUAAUUACCAGGUUUCUAAAUCAUUCUAAGGACAAGUGAAAGGUACUGCUGUUCUACGACCACCAGUUUUCCGUGUUAGAAUUUAAGAGAUCAGAGGACUGCCCUCCCCCCAACAACAAUACCAAAUUUACCUAGAAAACAAAUGUGUAAUGGUGAUUUUUAUUUGGUUACAACAGGGGGUGGGGGCUCAUGCUUGGGGGUAGCUACUAAGUAGAUGCAGGAGUGGCCUCUGGUGGAUUGGUUCUCUUAGUUCCCCUACCCAAGUCACCAGUUUUGCAUCCCUUGUUUGCUGUUUCCCUUCCUUUUCAGUGGGGUGUUAAAUCUGUCUUCUGGCUGGCUAGCCAGCUGCCUCUGGCACCAUGUGUUUUGGGGAGGGACUUUUGGAGUGAGAGGGUGGUGAGAGGGAAUCCCUUGGGCAGAUUACUGUUUCCUGCAGUCUUUCUUCCCAGGACCACAGAACCCAACAUAUGGGUCCCUUGGCAGCCAUCUACCCAGUCUAAAUUUAAAGCCAAGCCAGGAAGGCGAAAACUAUCUAGACGGAGAAUAAAUCAGAAGAAUUGACAUUAGUUCCCCUGCCUCAGAGACUGUUUUGGGAGGGAGAGGGCAGCUUAGAAUCCUAUCAGGAAGCAGAGGAUGCUGCACCAUGUACAUCCCCGUGGAAUCUUUUGUUACAUAAUACUCUCUUUAUUUCAGUCGUUUCAGAUAGAAAAGGGCAAGGCUGGUUGACUAACCACCCCAACAUUGGUUCAUAGAUGUAUUAAGCCCAUGGUGAUGGUUUCUGUGGUGGAGGGAAGGUGGAAAAGGGAGCAGGUACGCCAAUUCCAUUAUUCAAUCACCUGACCAGGAAUUAUGUUCAAAGACUACACCAGCAUGGAAAAGGAAAAUCUAGGCCCCUCUCUCCCCACCAGCUAUGCAGAAGAGGAAGACAAAAUAGCCUGAGGAUGCAUGUGUAAUGUAUUGACUUAGGGCCUGAUCCUUGGAAGUGCUGCGCAUCAGCCGCUCCAGUUGAAGACAGGAGGAGCUCUGGGUGCUCAGUGCCUUUGAAAAUCAGGCUGUUAAUGUGGAUAAUACUGUCUCCUGCUGGUGGUCAGCCACAGUGAGAAUAACAGCCUGCUAAUUUCAACCAGCUAUGCAAGGUACUCCAUUAUCUCAAGUUUAUAGAAACUGUGGGCUUGGUAUUGAAAGUCCUGGGUUUGAUCCCCACUGAUAUGCUUAGUGUCUGUACAUACAUGGCCUCAGUUUGCUACGUGUGUGUAUCUAUAUGCCCAGAGAGAUGAAGGAAUAAUUAGAACCCUGUGAAGAGGUUGGGACAACUGCUGCAUUCUUGGCAUGGUAGCAGACUCUAGGGGCUUUUGAUGGCCAGAAAUUCCAUCCUUACAGUAUGGUCUAACCGCAUCCCCUUACAAUGAUGCACAUGUAUACAAUGAAACUUUUACAAUAUGCUUCUAAUGUUUCAUAAUCUCUACAAUGAAUAUUAAAGAGCUGUAGUUCCUAGUAUCCCUGCCCAGAUCCAAAGUCACAUUCUCUGUUAACAUUGGCUACCCCUGGCUGGUACCCACAAUCAGUACCGCCUUGUCAAUUAUUCCACUGCUCUUGGCAUAGCUACCCAGAACCAGCACCACACUCUAUUAUCCUGGGUUCCUGGUGUAGUUGGAUAGAGCCAGCAUCACAUUCUCUAUUACCCUGGUUUGUUCCAUGAUGAUUUACUAGGAUCAGCAUCAUAUUCUCCAUCAGGGCCGGCUCCAGGCACCAGCGCAGGAAGCAGGUGCUUGGGGCAGCCAAUAGG